AUGCUCGGGCUACAAAACAAAGCUCGACGAAAAGCGGUUGAAAGCCGGAAAUCCUCCGACUCAAAUCCUCCCACCAGGAAUAGUGCAAGCAACUCGACAGGUUUCUUCUCUGGGAUUCUAGCAAACUUUCAACCUCAAAGUGACGGUUCGGAGCUCCAGAGUCGUAGUGUCUGUGGCUCCAACUGCUGGGCUCGGCAAGCAGACCUGCAAAAGCCAGAGAAUUUCCUUAUCACACCUUUACGUUUGGAUGACCCCGAUCAAGAUCAGGUAGCAGCACUGAACGGGAGAGUCUACGAGAGUCUUCGACCUUGGCAGACGCGAUUGAUCGUUUUACAGCCUGGUGAGCUUGGCUCAGAUGUCUCCUGUAAACUUGUCAGCGUCGACGUGAUCGAUGGACCUGGUCUCGGCAUAUCUGGAACAUCAGAUAUUGUUGCUUACGAAGCGUUGUCAUAUGCAUGGGGUAAUCCCGCAUUACUCUAUUCGAUAUCUUGUAAUGAGAGGCAAUUUGGAGUCACGGAAGAAUUGGCGUUUGCAUUACAGUACCUGCGAUUGCGCGAUGCUGAAAGGUAUCUCUGGUGCGAUGCCAUUUGCAUCAAUCAGCAAGAUCUACUCGAGAAAGCCCAUCAGGUUAAGAAUAUGCUUCGAACUUUCGAGAAGGCUGAUCGAGUCGUUGCCUGGCUUGGACGGCCUCUUCCAACUUCCGCCAAACUCUUCAAGGCGAUAGAAUUGGUCGGCCCAUCGUCGGGUAGAGAUCCUCCGCAGAAGCACCAGGAUGGCUGUGCCGCUGCUAUACGAAACGUUGCACUUGCCGUCUCAAAACAGCUUGAAAGCGCAUGGUUUAGACGAGCAUGGAUACGACAAGAAGUCUAUGCGGCUAAGAAGCUGAUUCUUCAGACAGGUCAUUUGCAGUCUGACUUCAUGGAUUUUACCAGCAGCCUAGCACGAAUGCAAAUGACCCUUGCAUCUUUUGAUGCUUCGCAGGACCGUAGUCGCAUACCAUCUACCCUUGAAACCUAUCAGAAUGAGUACCAGCACCUCGGGAGUGAUAGGCCUUCAUUCAAGCCCAAGGGAGAAAGACCGACUUACGUGCAAUACUGGUUGGACAGCAUUAACACAGGACUCUGGUUUGAUGUGACCAAUGAAAGAGACAGGAUAUACGGGAUGCUAGGCCUUUUAACAAGCAAAACCGUGAAAUUCUUUGCUGAGGUGCCUGAAGAGCUUGAGAAAAUGGCAGAAGCGUUUCCGAUUGACUACAGCAAAAGCCUCUCUGGAGUUCAUGAAGAUGUCACCAAAUUUCUGAUCAAUACGACCAAGACGUUGGAGAUCCUCGACAUUUUCCAGGACAAGGGGCAUUCUGGUUCCCCUGGGAGGCCUUCCUGGAAUUCGGACUUCAGUCGGAAGCAGGAAAGAUACUUUUUGCCUGAACCUCCAUCUCAAGUAAAAAAGGACAUGGUCAAAGUGAAUAUGCAAGAUCACCUCGACGUGGGCAGGCUUAGAUUGGCUGGUGUGCGGGUCGCUAAAUACAUUCAGCGGCUUGAUGGGGAGAAAGAAAUUGGUCAUCCACAGGAUCGAUUCAUACCCAAAUACAGAAGGUCCAUUACAUUGCGCCAUAUCAUGCAGGGGCCACAGCGUCGCUCCUCUGGCAGUCUUUCAAGUGGCAUUGAUAAUCCUCCGUAUGCUUUCGUGUUCUCCUACGCCAAGGAGAGCGAGCAAAACCAUGAUGUAUCGAUAUCACACCACCUAAGCAAAUUUGAAGACAUGGAUGCGCCAUUUGCAAGAUUCCUUUCUGGUAUCAAAUUUGCAUUCGCCUAUGUUGAUGAUUUGGAGGGUACGAAAUCCUUUGACCUUGCAUCCUUGCAUUUUCUGAUGCCGCGCACCGCCUCACUCAAUGAUACAAUCGUGUCGCUGUACGGCAGCAAGUGCUUGCAUUUGAUCCGGAGCCUUCAUACUGAUCCGCCGGAGUGGACAUACAUCGGACCCAUCGCCGCAGUGGCCAUUGGCCAGGAGAGCAUCAUCAAAUACCAAUCAGCAGGAUUGUCGGGCUCCAGCUCGAAGAUGGCCUCUAAAGACGUCAAAGUUCAAGAUACACAGCAGGCUGAGAUCUUCGUACUUCGCUGA